CUUCCUGAUUCCGGAAGCUCGUUCUUGGUGAGGUCAAGGGAAAAGCGAGGUGAUUGACGUUGGAAGGAAUCCAGACAAUACUGUAAAUGUCAAGUCAACCAUGGCUUCUGCAAGGAACGUGACGGAGAAGCGGCAUAACCCGGUGGACAGCAUCUGCCGAAAAAUCCGAGCCAUUCAAAGGAGAGAGGAGAUUUCAGAUCCGGGUCCACACACGAUCAGACACCAGGCCGGCAGCCUUGCGCCCCCUCCUGUGCCUGGCCCGCGUUUCUUACGUUCUGAGAGCUCAGACAGCUCCUUUUCACGCCCGGAAGUCAUGUUGCCGAGAAGCCCCUCUGCCUCCAACCGCCCAUCUCCCGAGAAGGCCAGGUACUCGGCCAGUCCCACGAGCCCCUCAAGGCCAAGGUCGCAGAGGACCCGGAGUUGCACCUCCUUGAUCCGGGAAGUGGGGAGCUUCCUCGACAGGGACAGCCUGGAUCCCACCUCUGGGCAAAGCUGCUCGCGGUUUACUCCUCAGGAUUCAGUGGUGAGGAAGUUAUCCCUGAAUGAAGAUGGUAAAUCAUCAUUUUGCUCAACAGGAGUGGGCAAAGUAAUAGAUUACCUUAGAAAAACGAGUAGCCAAGAUUUGGAAGACAGGGACCUUGAGGAGCUGUGGACCAUGCUCGACCCUGGAAAGGCAGACCCACAAGUGGAUGUGGAUGCUUUCCACGCUGCCGUGAAGGAGUGGAUGGCGUGCUCGAGACCCAAACGGGAAGGAGUAAAGUGCAGAUUCGGUGGGAUCCCUGAAGAUUCUGUUUUUGAAAAGCAGGACAGCGUCAGCUCAGUUGAGAUGACUACAGACAUAACAGAUUCUGCAACAAGGAGUUUGGAGGAUUUGGGUAGAGACAUGUCUCAGGGAGUCCUAGAUGUGUCUGACUUAAUUACCUAUGUAGCAGACCUACAUUUCCACAAACAGAGACUGGAAGAGGAAAAUCAUAAGUUUAAAUUGGCUUUGGAAACCUCAGAAGAAGCUAACAGCCAGUUAACAGAGGACUGCGCUGAAUUACGCCUUCAAGUAAAAAGUGCCCGCCAAGCUAUUAUGAGAACAAACCUGUUAAAAGAAGAACUGGAGGAAAUGAAAAUUAGUUUGACUGCUUUAGAGGAGCAGAAGAGCAUGGCCGAAGCUCAGAAUAAACAAUUGGAGACAGAAAACCGGGCUCUGAUUCUUAAGAUUCGGAUUCUACAGGAAGAGAAUCUAAAGAACGCUUUGGAUAUAGAUGGACUAGAAAAGAAGAUUGAGAAAUUAUCUGAAACUGAGACAGAGCAUCAAAUGCAAUUACACACCUAUGAGAACACAUUGGUCAAUAAAGAGGCAAGUGUACAAGAGAAGGAUUUAAGAAUAGAGGAGCUAAAGUCGUCCAUCAUAGAAUAUAGAAGCAUUACAGAGAAUUUACGAGGGGAGAAAAAUGAACUGGCUUACGAGUUACAGAAGUUGCAGCAGGAGCUCAUCCUAAAUAGGAUCCAGUUGAAUGGCGGUGGAGAGCCCAGCAGAGUCCUCUGUGAAGGAGAAAACUCUUUACACCGUGAACUCAUCCUUGCCCGAUCAACAGAGAACGAUGCAACUGAGUGGCGGUGGGGUUCAACCAGCUUGUCCUCCCUGGGUGCAACGACGGACCAAGAAAGGCUGCUGUUCCUCAGGCAGCCCGAACGCAAGUGUGUGGACUUCACAGUUGCACUUCGGACGCUGUUCAAAGAAAUUUCCGAAGUUGGAGCCUUCAUUGAUAGCACCUUCCAGUGGGUAACUAAUCCAGAAAUUGCUCUCAGAGGAAAGUGGGUGCAGCAGCUCACUGAAUUCAAGCACAUCAAGAAAAAGAAGCUAAAUCUUUGCAGAUUAAGACUGAACAGCUUGGAAAAUCACAAAGAAUCUCUUGAUAAAGUAUUUGUCAAAUUAAUAGAGAUUUUGAAGGAAUUCAGGCUGGAAUAUCUUUACUUCCAAAAAGAGUUUUUUUCCAGUCAGAAACAACUAGAAGCCAUCAAACAACUGCAAGAAGAUGCUGUCAACCAGGAAGCCAUCCUCAGGAAGAAGGUCCAGGAGACCAGCGAACAGCUGGAGGAGGCCGAACAGCAGGUGAAGAAUCAAGAGCAGACAGCCCACUGUGCCAGGGAAAAAGCUAAGUCUCUACCGCAAGAACUAGAGGAAGCAAUUUUGGAGCAGCGGAACCUCCACACUAUAAAUACCGAGCUAUCGAACACUCGCCAGACCCUUGAGCAGAAGACAAGAACACUGAAAACGACUGUUGAGUCACUUCGAAAACAGUUAACUAAAGGACGACUCCAUGACCUGCUGUUUCAGAGUGUUUUAGAUGAGGAAUCUUCUUCUCACCAUGAUCCCCUGUCCUCCACAGCAAAAAUUCAGCAGCCUCUUCAAGAAAAAUUGAAUCAUCAUUGUGGCCAUCUGCAAAGGGAUCAGGAAGGAAGAAUUCAUCAGACACACUUUGUGUUGAAACAUACAAUCUGGAACACACCUCUUCUGGAUGCCUUGUCUCUGGAGAGCUGCACAGUGAUUCCAGGGCUGGCACUCACAUCGUUCUCGUGUGUAGCCAACCCAACCUGUGCUUCAUGGGAAAGGCCUAAGAAUGGAGAAAUAAAGGAUGAUGCUUUGGACGUGACUAGACAGUGCGAGUGCCUUGGCCCCACAAGUGGUCCCGACCCGGGACCAGAUCUUUCAGGUUGCAUCGGGAUGAGUGAUGACCUAAGUAUGGGUGAGAAUGGUGUUGAACACUCGUAUGCUGAGAACCUGCUGCAGCCCAGGGAACAUCUCGCGCUGCCAGCCCCUGGCCAAGCUUCAUCCACAGAGAAUACUGUAACGUCCACUGAUUCUGGAUCAGAAGUUUUGCAUAUGGCUUCGGGUGAUCUUGACUCCAGAUCCCCUUGUGAGACCCAGGAGGAAAGAAGAUCAGCGUCCACCAUGAUAGGGGCCCAAGGCACCAGUUCAGCUCAGGAGAGUAUAACAUGCCAAGGUUCGAAGAGCAAGGGUAAAACUCUGUCCAAUAUGGAAGCCAAAGAGGAGCCCAAAACAAUACAAGGAAAUAGAAAAGAAUGUGCUGCAGGAGAGACUACGGUUUCCUCUCCUCCGGUAACCACUGGAAAAUUGCUUAAUUUUAGACAAAGUGACAACACUUCUGCUAAUGAGAAGGAGGUGGAGGCAGAAUUUCUCAGGUUAUCUUUGGGGUUUAAGUGUGACUGGUUUACACUGGAGAAAAGAGUGAAGCUUGAAGAGAGGUCCCGUGACUUGGCAGAAGAAAAUUUGAAGAAAGAAAUCACCAACUGUUUAAAGCUCUUAGAGUCUUUAACACCUCUGUGUGAGGAAGACAGCCAGGCCCAGGAGAUCAUUAAGAAGCUGGAGAACAGUGUCACGUUUCUUAGCCAGUGCACAACCCGAGUGGCUAGUCGGGCUGAAAUGCUCGGAGCCAUCAAUCAGGAGAGCCGGGUUAGUAAAGCAGUUGAAGUGAUGAUUCAGCAUGUAGAAAACCUAAAGAGAAUGUAUGCCAAAGAGCAUGCUGAAUUGGAAGAACUGAAGCAGGUUCUUCUGCAGAAUGAGAGGUCGUUUCACCCUCUUGAAGAUGAAGAUGACUGCCAGAUUAAAAAGCGAUCGGCUUCUCUCAACUCCAAGCCAUCUUCUCUUCGAAGAGUGACUAUUGCCUCUUUACCCAGAAAUAUUGGAAAUGCAGGAAUGGCAUCUGCGAUGGAAAAUGAGAGAUUCAGCAGGAGGUCAAGCAGUUGGCGUAUUUUGGGGUCAAAGCAGAGUGAACAUCGCCCUUCAUUACAUCGAUUCAUUAGCACCUAUUCCUGGGUAGAUGCUGAAGAGAAGUGUGAACUAAAAGCUAAAGAUGACUUAGAAUCACCUGGAGAAGAAACAGUUGAGAAGACGAGGAAGCCAAGCCUUUCUGAAAGGAAAACUAAUCCAUCAAAGUGGGAUCUCUCUUCUGUUCCUGACACCCUGGCCUCCUGGGCGACAAAUCUCGGGACCUCCGUGAGAAAGGCUAAAGCUCUCUGGCUGUCUUUUGUAUUCAUUGUCCUCUUUGCAGCGCUCAUGAGCUUGCUCACCGGUCAGUUUUUCCAGAAGGCUGUGGAUGCCGUUCCCACCCAGGAAGGGGACUCCUGGUUAUCUCUAGAACAUGUGCUGUGGCCAUUUACUGCACUCCAACACAACGGGCCACCGCCGGUGUGACUGCAGAGAAC